AUGGACCUGUUGCUCGAGACUCUUAUCUGUGAAGCAAAAAUAAAUAAUAAUAAUAAUGCCUCUGAGUUGUUUGAAAUACCUACUGACUUUCUUGUAAUAGUAAAUAAAGAUAUUAUUAAUCUUAAUAAUUUGUAUAAUAAAGAUACUUGCGAGUCUAACCUUUCUAAAUCAGAAAAGCAUGUGUGGAUUGCAUUAGGAAAAUGGCUUGAGUUUGAGAGAAAAAUUAAAAGAAAAGAAGUAAGGCAACAUCUCCAAUUGAGAUGGCAAAAACUAAAACAUGCUUUGUAUCUUCAUAGUAAUGAGGAAUCGUCCGUACUAACAACUCCACAUAUUACAAAAAAGAAAAAAAUCAUAUGCUUAUCUCAGUACGUGAUUUAA